GCAGGCAUCCACUGUACCGCAGUGUCGUCCUGCCGCCCCAUCCGACAAAGAGCUGCAGCACUGCAAAGUGUAAAGGGAGCGAAGAGGGGGGGGGGGGGGAGGCGCCGUCGUUAGGAGUCGAAGUCCAGGCAGGAGGAGAGACGCAUUAUUGCAGCAGCCUUGAGAGACACAGCACUUUACACGGGCGAAACUACCGCACUUCCCUCAAGACGCACAUCCGUCCGCUCAGAGAGAAACGAGAAAGCGAGAUUGAAAGAGGGAGGUGUGGAGGAGGGGGACAGGGGGGGAGAUCAGAAAUACAACAUACAACUGAUUUCUAAUGACUGGACUUUCAUUUCCCUUCUUGUUCUUGAGAUUGCACGCAUUUGCUAUUAGCUUUUCAGAAGAGGCAACUCCACCGGGCAGCCAAUCAGCGCCGCGUCUCCGCAUCCAGGAGCGUCAGGACUCCGCAUCGACUGCGUGCCUCCCUGCGGGAUUUAUAAACACCCGUGGAUUUCCGCUUGAAUGGAUGACCAUUUAGAAGUACUUUUCUCCUGAGCUCCCCCUUCACCUCCUGCCUCCCGGUCCGCGCACACAGUGAAUUGUCGCUCGACCCCGUUGACGUGUCUCGAGCCUCCCUGUCCACCUCAGAUCCCUCACCCCUCCUCGCUGCCCGUCAGUCAGUUCAAACAGCUGCAUAGAAGAUGUCUGCCCCGGAUGCUGCUGCCCCAGGUGGAGCCCCUGGUGCUCCAGGACCCCCUGGUGCUGAUGGAGCCCCGGGUGGUGCACCUCCUGGCCCCCCCAAUACUUCCAGCAACCGCAGACUACAGCAGACACAGGCCCAAGUGGAGGAGGUGGUGGAUAUCAUGCGGGUGAAUGUAGACAAGGUUUUGGAAAGGGACCAGAAGCUCUCAGAGCUGGAUGACAGAGCGGACGCUCUCCAAGCCGGAGCCUCCCAGUUUGAAAGCUGCGCUGCUAAGCUAAAGAACAAGUACUGGUGGAAGAACUGCAAGAUGAUGAUCAUGAUGGGUAUCAUUGGAGUCAUUGUGGUUGGAAUCAUAUUCUUGUACUUCUUCUACUGAGCUCAGCCCAUCCUUACAGAUGGAUAUGGACCAUUCGAAUGAGAUGAGCGGGAAGAGAAAAAAAAAAAAAGAUACCCAAGCGCCACUCCUUCCCUUUUAUCCGUCCUCUCCUUCUCUUCACACAGUCUUCCAUUGAAC